AUGUCCACAAAGUACCUCUUCGUGUCGGUCCCCUCGAGCAUAACCCCCUCGGGCCACAAGGAUGACGCCGUCGCCGCGGUCCAGAAGGCCGCGAACCCCUCCAACGGCACCGUGCUGCCACUUGCCGUGCCCGAGUUCAAGAUUGGCACCCUAGAUGCGUUACUACAGCAGUCGGACGAGCUGGCCAAGCUGGGCGGCGUAUGUGCCAGCGUGGUGAGCAAGGUGGGGGACACGCUGAGGAAUGUGUUGGACGGGGAUGAGGAAAAGAUUGCCAUGCACAAGACGGUCAAUGAUAAACCGCUCGAACAGUACCUCCGCAGCUUCUCGUGGAACAAGGUCAAAUACCGCGCCGAUCGACCCCUAGCCGAGCUGAUUGAUCUGCUACAAAAGGAAGCCAACUCAAUAGACAACGACGUCCGGUCCAAAUACAACCAGUACAACUCGCUGCGCACGCAGCUCCAGACCCUGACCCGCCGACAGCAGGGGAAUCUAUCCACCAAAUUGCUCCUCUCCGUCGUGCAGCCGGCGAUCCUGGUGCAGCACCAAAACUCGGAACACCUGGAGACGCACCUCGUGGCCGUGCCUAACGGGAACGUCAAGGAAUUCAUGCGCAGUUACGAAACGCUAAGCCCGAUGGUGGUGCCCCGCUCGGCGGCCUUCGUCGCCCAGGACGACGAGUACAGCCUGUACGCGGUGACGACGUUCAAGAAACACUCUGCGGACUUCCUCCACAAGGUGCGCGAGAGGAAAUGGGUGCCCAGGGACUACAAGUUCAAGGAAGGCGGCCGGGAAGAAGAGGAGCGCGAGCUGAAAAAGAUAGAGGCCGAGGAGAAGAGGGUGUGGGGCGAGGCCCUGAGGCUGGGCCGCACGGGCUGGUCCGAGGCCGUCAUGUGUUUGGUGCAUGUUGUGGUACUGAGGGUCUUUGUCGAGACCGUCCUGCGCUACGGCUUGCCGUUGGACUUUGUCGCGGUUUUGAUCAAGACGGACGGCAAGCGCGAAAAGAACGUCCGCAAGGGCCUCGACAACGAGUACUCGUACCUGGCCGGCAAUGCGUUCGGGCGGGACAAGAAGGGCAGGGUGAUGAAGGACGAGGGCAUGGGCCAGCAAGAUAUCGCUGCCGGUGGGGGUGACCAGGGGGAGUACUCGGCCUACGUGUGUUACGACAUUGAUGUUGAUUGA